AUGAACGAACGGGCGUACGAAAAGCUCCUUGUAAUGACUGGAGAUGCAUCGGGAAUUCAAGCAUGUGAAACGAGGGACUUGGGACUACUCUUCUGGCGUGCCCAUCUCACCAAGGACGAGUUCUACGAAGCCCUCACCUGGCCAGAGAAUGUAAGCGGUUCUCUGCUUGAUCGAUGCCAAGUACAUGACCGCUUGCAAAUCCCGGAGCCUAAAGACCCAACAAGAAAGCAGUAUAUUGUUUGGGGUACAGACGACUGCUGGAAUAACCAUGAAAUUGCCAGUCGUGGCUCGGAAAACCUGCUCGCAAUUACUGGUUCCAACUCUCUCAUUGAGCCCUCAUACCGUACCGAACUUCCGUUCGGGAUCAUCUAUUGGCGCGUUGAGCUUCGUGAAGAUGAGAUUUCAAAGGUACAGGGCUUACUAGAGGUCCGUUUGGUAGAACGCCCAAACUGGUUUUCCGACUAUCCUGGCGACGAAAUUGGCAUCCCUUUGCCGCGGAGACUUAGACGACCACUGAGAACUUAG